CUCUGCUUGAAAUAAGAAUGGACUGUGAAUACUGCUCAUUAUUAUCUCGAUUCUCGGAGACAGCUCUGUAUCGUUCGGAAUUAAUUCUUGGCACCGGAUUGCUCGAAGAUCACGUGAUCAAGCUCGUCAUCUGCUAGCUCGCAUCUCAGAUUUACAUUGUUGAACGUUCCUUUUACCUCUAUUGACUUAAAUUUUGAUUCCACGCCGAAAUACAUUAGCACGAUUUCUUGUUGAGAUUCGCUUGAAUUUUACAAUAUGCAGGAACAAAAUAUCCCAAUCGACAUUAAUGCUCGAAAGUUAUUGGAUUGGCUGAUUAAUCGGAGGCACUGCAAGAAGAAUUGGCACAUGAAUAUUUUGCCCAUUAGACAGAAAAUUAAUAAUGCGAUACAAAAUAUGCCUGCUCAUGAUGGCAUUGCCUCAUUAUUGUCCGGUGUCUAUAUAAAUUAUUUUUCCUGUGUAAAAAUUGUGAAAAUUUUGAAGGAAACGGAAGCCGAUACAAAAAAUUUAUUCGGGCAUUAUGGCUCACAAAGGAUGAAAGAUUGGCAGGAGAUUUUGAGAUUGUACGAAAAAGAAAACAUAUACCUUGCCGAAGUCGCGCAAAUGCUUAUGAGAAAUGUUAAUUAUGAGGUUCCGAGUAUUAAAAAGCAGAUACAGAAGUUAGAACAAUUGUUAGCUGAAUUGGAAAAGAAAGAAUCAGAAUAUAAAAAAUCGGAAAAUAUUGCACAUAUGGAAUACAACAUGAUGUGCAAACAAUUAGGUGUAACUGGUUAUAAUACGGUUAGACGAGAGUUAUUAGAUAAGGUGAAAGAAUUGCCAGAAAUUUAUCAAAAAAUAGCGGAGAAAACAAAGUGCUUGGACAAGGUUGUAGAGUUUUAUAAUGCAUUUGUUGAAUUCACUUUUGACCAGCAAUAUGAUAGUGAUUGUGUAUCGAUGAUUAAAUAUGUUAUUG